UCUACGGUGGCCUUCUUUCUGGAGGCCUGGAGGAGGGUGGCAGGCAGAAGGGAAAAGAAGGGCUGCCUCCUGCAUCUCUCAAGGAGAAACAGCAUCCAGUCCCAGCUGGACCGCCAGCCGUUUGGAGCACGGAGGAAAGCAGGGGUGCCUUUCUGGACAUUGCAACGUCAUCUCCAGUUUGUGAAGAAGACCAUUUAACUCGUGGGGACAUGGAUUUGGUGCUGGAUCAACUGCCUGCCACCCAGGUAGUGAGAGAUUUGGAGGCUGGCAUUGAUAUGCAAAGAGAGGAAGAAGAUGAGGGCCGCACGGGUGAAGAGGAGGUGCUACAAGAUGAAGAAGGUCUGUCAGCUAGAGAACAAAUGUUUUUGGAAGAGUUCCCCAGAUGGAAACAGGAUCAAAAAAGAGUCAUUAGAAAGCUCCUCAGACUCGCAGACGAGAUUGACGCAAACCACCAGAGAGCCACCAAGACCAAAGUGAUUUCCAGCUCCACCGCCGUCAUCUCCGGGAUCAUGAGCAUCCUAGGUUUAGCCCUCGCCCCAGCAACAGCAGGAGGGAGUCUGAUGCUCACAGCUGCUGGCCAAGGCUUGGGGACCAUAGCUGGGAUCACCAAUAUAGUGAGCGAUGUGUUCAAAAAUUCUCGAAAUAAAAAAGCCCAAGCUCAAGCCAACAGCCUCAUGGGCUCUGAAGACAAGGAGUUCCAGCAGGCUGGCGGAGGGAAGACAGCCUAUGUUACAGCUCUGGGUAAGAUUGUCUAUGCUUGUGGGAAUGCCGUGGACAACAUCAAGAGGAAUGCCCAAGCCUAUUGCCUUGCACGAACCCGCCCGCACUUGGCCACUGCCGCCAAGCAACUCCUGAAAACUGGCCAAGUCUCAGCCAAAAGCAGCAGACAGGUGCAAAAGGCCUUUGAGGGAACAGUCUUGGCCAUGAAAAAAAGGGCACUCAUGUCGGGAGGGGUGAUGGCUAUUAUCUUCCUAUACCAGGACUCGGUGGCUCUCGCAGAUGAUUUGAAGCAACUGAAGGAGGGAACAAGGGCAGAGCUUGCCAAAGAGCUCUGGGACAAGGCUCGGGAGCUGGAGGAGCUGGUGGCAGAAUGCACCUACUACUAUGAGAGGUUACAGAAGAAGAAACUCAAGAAAGAAAGCUUCUGAGCUCCUGUCUGGAGGGAACCAAGGAGAGUCCUCAGCCUAUAUCCAGAUGUGGGCAAGCAGAAUCCCUGGGUACAGGAGGGCUGAAGGCAUGCUAAGGCCCAGGACCUCUGGGCCAGGUAAAAAGCAACCAAAGUAGGAGCCAAAAGCUGGUGGAGGAGGUGCCCAGAGACCUGCCAUUUGGGAGGUCCAAGAGAGUUCCUUGGUCUUGAGAGGAACCAUUUCCACCAAGAGGGCACUGCCAAGCCUGCUAGUGAAGCUCCUUCACCCCUCUGCUACUACUGAUACUGUGCCCAUGUUCCCAGUCCCUCGCCUGCCCUACCGCUGGUCCACUUUAGACAGGUCUUGUGUCCUGCCAGCCUGUAAAAUGAGGGGCAGGAGAGGUCCUGGGGAAAGGUCAGCUCUGUGUCAGGUCAUCUCUCUGUCCCUACCUUGCAGCUACUGGCUCAGAGCCAGAUGCACACACAAAGGAUGUCACUGGAACCUGCUCAACCAGAUUCCAUCCAGAAAGAGAGAGGCCCAGGAUCCCCUCUUGUACCCUAAGUUCUUAGUAUUCUUUCAGGACCUUACAACUUGUUGGUGGAUUUCUCCUGGAUGCCUGGUUCAGCUCUCUUAAUUAUAUUUUUGCAUACCUUUACUAGAGCUU